CCUUGACCACGACUCCUUUGUUCCUCUGUCUCCUAGUCUCCCUCGGAUUCGUCUGAUUGUUUUCAGGUGUCGAUUUGCAGGAGUCUGGGGCCUUCCCAGUCGCACGCGCGGUAGGUACCAGCGAAACACUAACUCUCUUUUCACAAUGGGAUUGAACUCGUAUAGCGACGAGGUCUGCCUGCUGCGUCUCAAGCACAGAGGGUUUUUUCUCCGCUCGACAACACCUCCUGAAACACUUCAACGCCACUCGCACCCCCCAUUCUUCAGCUCCUCGCUACCCCCACCUCGCACGAGCAUCCCACGAUGGCCUACUCUCAGCCCUUCCCUCUUGCGGCCCCCAUAAAACCUCAGCAGGCAAACUAUGCCCCGGAUCUAGCCGUUCGGCUUAUCUGCCCAGAAUGCAAAGAUCCGAACCCGAAUAUCAUCGAAGAGUUUGGCAGUGGCGACCUCGUGUGCGGUGGGUGUGGCUUGGUCCUCGGUGAUCGUGUCGUAGAUACACGCAGCGAGUGGCGGACGUUUGCGAACGACGAGGGAGACGACCCAUCGCGUGUGGGUGCCGCGUCAGACCCCCUCAUGGAUGGGAUUGAGCAGCUGGACACCAUCAUCAGUUUCCGUGAUGGCGGGUCGGGAAUAGCGCGAGAGCUGCAGCGCGCUGCGUCGCGCUCUCAGAGCUCCCGCUCGGAGCGUAAUCUUCUUUCCGCCUUCCGCGACAUCUCCAGCUGGUGCGACCAGUUUUCCCUUCCCAAAACCAUCAGCGACAUCGCCAAGCAGCUCUACAAGCGCUCGGACGAGGAAAAACUGUUGCGCGGAAAGCCGCUCGACGCGGUCAUCGCCGCGUGCAUUUUCAUCGCAUGCCGACAAGCGCACGUUCCCCGCACGUUCCGGGAGAUCUGUAAUCUCACGCACGUAUCGAAGAAGGUGCUCGGCCAGUGCUACAAGGCGCUGGAGCAGGCGUUCAACCUCACCCCUGGUGCGUCGGCACACCACUCGAGCACGCCGGCCAUCUCGACCGGGCCCGAGGACCUGCUCGUGCGCUACUGUAACCACCUGGACCUGCCACCGAAUGUGCAGGCGAUUUGCAAGGAUAUCAUCGUGGAGGCACGUAAUCAUGGCAUUGCGGACGGACGCAGCCCCGUGUCCAUCGCUGGGGGGGCGAUUUACUUCACGUGCCACCUGCUGGGCAAGGCGAAAUCGGCGAGAGAUAUCAGCUCGGUCGCCGGUGUCAGCGAAGGGACUAUCAAGCUGGUAUACCGGCUGUACUACGCGGAGAAGGAGAAGUUGGUGAAGCAGGAAUGGAUCAAGGGCGGCAAGGCGAGCUUGGCUCGCUUGCCUGUAGACCAGUCGGCGAAAUAGGACAGCAUGGAAUUUUCUGUAGGGGGGGUUUGUAGACUAGCCCAUGGUAUAAUGAUAGCCGCCGUAGGUCAGUGUAAGUUUCUUUUGACUAUGACUGUCCUUCUUCACAUGUAUCCCUCCUUCUGAAUAAAACCAUCGUUUAGUUCUCGUCUG